AAUUCCUUUUACAUUAGGAAACAUUAGGUGUGACAUUGGGAACCUGUCAUGCCAUUUGGAAGGAAAGAAGAAUGUGCCAGCAGAAAGAAAUUCAAGUGGAUCCACAUUUCUGUACCUAAAAAGAAGUUUGAAUCCACAUCAGGUUUCGUUAGGGCUUGUAAACAAUGGAAAAAUAUGGUAUCAAGUUUUCGAGUUUCUGAACUACAAGUGUUGUUGGGCUUUGCUGGACGUAAUAAAAGUGGGCGCAAACAUGACCUCCUGAUGAGGGCACUGCAUUUAUUGAAGAGUGGCUGCAGCCCAGCAGUUCAAAUUAAAAUCCGAGAGCUUUAUAGGCGUCGGUACCCAAGGACUAUUGAAAGUCUGUCUGACUUGUCACCUAUAAAACCUUCAGUUUUCAAUUUGGAUAGUAGCUCCUCUCCUGUGGAACCUGACUUGGCUGUUGCUGGAAUCCACCCACUACCUUCUACUUCAGUCACCCCUCAAUCCCCUUCGUCGCCUGUUGGUUCUGUGCUGCUUCAAGACACUAAGCCUCACUUUGAGAUGCAGCAACCAUCACCUCCAAUUCCACCUGUCCAUCCUGAUGUUCAGCUAAAAAGCCUCCCAUUUUAUGAUGUGCUUGAUGUUCUCAUUAAACCUACAAGUUUAGUACAGAGCAGUAUUCAGAGGUUCCAAGAGAAGUUUUUUAUCUUUGCUUUAACACCUCAGCAAGUCAGAGAAAUCUGCAUUUCCAGGGACUUCUUGCCAGGGGGCAGGAGGGAUUACACAGUCCAAGUUCAGCUAAGGUUAUGCCUAGCAGAGACUAGCUGCCCUCAAGAAGAUAACUAUCCUAAUAGUUUGUGCAUUAAAGUAAAUGGGAAGUUAUUUCCAUUGCCGGGAUAUGCUCCACCACCAAAAAAUGGGAUUGAGCAGAAGCGACCUGGCCGCCCAUUGAAUAUUACAUCUCUAGUUAGAUUAUCAUCAGCAGUGCCAAACCAGAUCUCCAUUUCUUGGGCAUCUGAAAUUGGAAAGAAUUACUCCAUGUCUGUAUAUCUUGUUCGUCAGCUCACCUCAGCCAUGCUUUUGCAGAGGUUAAAAAUGAAAGGUAUCAGAAACCCAGACCAUUCCAGAGCACUAAUUAAAGAAAAGCUGACGGCUGAUCCUGAUAGCGAAAUUGCCACAACCAGUUUGCGGGUAUCUCUGAUGUGUCCUCUGGGAAAAAUGAGACUGACAAUCCCAUGCCGUGCUGUUACCUGCACACAUCUGCAAUGUUUUGAUGCUGCUCUUUACCUACAAAUGAAUGAAAAGAAGCCCACCUGGAUUUGUCCUGUCUGUGACAAAAAGGCAGCUUAUGAGAGUCUAAUAUUAGAUGGCUUCCUUGAUGCAAUUCACACUCCAUUACAGCUGGCUUUUAACUUCAUCACUUCUGAUUUAGCUCAGGACCGUAAACAAAACCAAAGCAACUCAACUUUAUUUUCCAGGCUCUUUAUGGAAAUCCUUAAUGAAUGUUCAGAUGUGGAUGAGAUUAAAUUCCAAGAGGAUGGUUCUUGGUGUCCUAUGAGGCCUAAGAAGGAAGCUCUGAAAGUGUCCAGUCCUCAGUGUACCAAAAUAGAAAGUUCCACUGUUGUCAGCAAACCAUGUUCUGUGACAGUGGCCAAUGAGGUAAACAAGAAGAAAGUAGAUGUUAUCGACUUGACAAGAGAAAGCUCUUCUGAUGAAGAGGAAGAUCCUCCUGCCAAAAGGAAAUGCAUAUUUAUGUCUGAAACACAAGGAAGCCCAACCAAAGGGGUUCUCAUGUAUCAGCCAUCUACCGUAAGAGUGCCCAGUGUGACAACGGUUGAUCCUGCUGCUAUUCCUCCUUCAUUAACAGACUACUCAGUACCAUUCCACCACUCACAAAUAUCCAGUAUGUCGUCAGACUUGCCAGGUUUGGAUUUUCUUUCACUAAUCCCAGUUGAUCCACAGUUAAGUCUCUUCCUUAUCGGCAUCAUUGUUUGUUUCAAGCAGUACUGUCCUCCCAUGUUUUUGGAUAGUCUCACUUCAACCUUAACAAGCAGCACCCCGGGCAAUAUCAUCACAUCUACCAGCCACCAGGAGAGCAGCACUCACGUUAGUUCUUCAAGCAGGAGCGAGACAGGAGUCAUAACCAGCAGUGGGAGCAGCAUUCCUGACAUCAUCUCAUUAGACUGAAACACUGGCAGCAAAAAAACUCUAGGAGUAAUUGCACAAAGCUGCUCGUCAUGACUGGAGAAGGAACUGCAGUGUCUUGGAAGCUAUUUUGAUAUUUAUUAAAAAGACAGAUUGAUUCUGUUGCCUUCUGAAAGUCGAGUAAAACUACAUCUACAGUAGGAACUUGAAAUGAUUAGAACUUUUUUUUUUCUUGGUCACAAAAUAUUUGGAGUAAAAAAAGACAGUCAGAACAAACAUACCCUUUGGCUUGUUCUGGGGAAACUGACUUUGUUUUGUUGUUGGAUGGAUUCCUACACAGCAAUAAUGUAAAAAACAACAACUUUUUUUAAAUAAAAAAGGCACUUAACCACUCUAGAAUGAAAACCGCAUAUGUUUAUCCUGGAUACAGGAAAAAGGUGCAGAAGUCUGCAGUGCUGAAUUCUUUCACUGCAGCCUGUAAUAAACUUCAUUUAGAAUAAUGAA